AUGAGCCGAAUUUAUCCAGUGUUUGACCUCCCCCAACUCUACACUAAGCCAGCUGCAACAGAUAUUCUACGAGCCCUCGAACAGCUUGCUGUCCGACCACGCAGCUUCGACAAUGACAUCAAGGACGGUCAACCAACAGUCCUCCAAGCCGGCGUCUCACAGUACCUAACAUCCAUCAUUGCAAGCGCACUAUCAUGGAUCGAAUCCGACAAGCUCCGAGAAGCCAUAUGGGAUGCGGCCAGCGCGCGCCUCUGCGAACGCUCAGGAAGAACAGCAAUGCCCGCUAUCUCUCGCGUUUUCACCAUCCCCACAACACAAGACACAACCUUUCAACUCACUUUACAUGAACCGUCCCUCACCUCCGAUAACCUAGGCAUGAAGACUUGGGUUUCGUCCUACCUGCUCGCCAAACGCCUACAUACUCUCAUUCCUCCUUCUUUCCUCAACUCAUCUAGACAAAAAAAUAAUCGUCCUCUCCGCGCUCUGGAGCUAGGCGCCGGAACUGGACUCGUGGGUCUCUCCUUUGCCGCGAUCUGUGGUUCCCUUGCCCUCAUCCACCUUACUGAUCUGGAUGCCAUCGUACCGAAUCUCGCCCACAACGUCGAGCUAAAUAAAGAACUCCUGGACAGUACGGGCGCGACUGCGACAACGGGUGUCCUGGACUGGUCGUUAGAAAUGGACUUGCGGUCGGAGCCAUCCGAUAGCGAAAGGUACGAUGCUAUCCUUGCUGCGGAUCCGCUGUACUCCUCGGAUCACCCACAGUGGCUUGUGCAGACUAUCCGGCGCCGGUUGCAUCCGGGCAGUGGGUCAAGGGCUGUGGUGGAGAUGCCAUUGAGAGAUGCUUAUUUGCCGCAGGUGGAGGACUUUAGGCGGCGCAUGGAUGCUGUUGGGUUGGCUGCAGUAAAGGAAGGGGAGGAGAUAGGGUAUGAUGACUGGGAGAAGAUGGAUGGGGAAGCGCUGGAGGUGCGGUGUUGGUGGGCUGUAUGGGGGUGGAGGGAGGAAGGAAUUCAAUAG